CGGCUUCCAAUUGCGAUGGCACUACACUUACAUAUCAGGACAAUCAUCUAAAUUUCGGUUACGCAUCCCUGCAUCAACCUCCGGACACCUUUGCAACUGCACAACCUAGUAACUAUGAAGGCAAUAGUCUGCGAAGGUCUUGGUGAUGCUUGUGCGCCCUUGGGCACGGGCGUGCUGCGCCUCGCGGAGUUGCCUGCACCAAAGCUGGCACCUGGAAGCGCCAGGAUCCAAGUCGUUAGCGCCAGUCUUAACUUCCCUGACGCUCUACAAAUAAAGGGCGAAUACCAGGACAAGCCCAAGUUGCCCUUCAUUCCUGGCUCCGAAGUCUCUGGGGUCGUGUUGGAGGUUGCUGAUGGCGUCAAGCACAUCCGCGUGGGGGACAAGGUGUGUGCCGUACGACAGGGAGGGGCGUUCGCGGAGCAAGUGGUGGCACCCGCGGCGGCCGUCUGGAAGCUACCCGACACGGUGCCCCUAGAGGACGCCGCCGCCAUCCCGAUCGUGUACGGCACCGCUGAUGUGGCGCUUCGGCACCGCGCGCAACUCAAAGCAGGCCAGACGGUGUUGAUCCUGGGUGCUGCUGGCGGUGUGGGCCUAGCGGCGCUGCAGCUCGCCCUCGCAGCAGGGGCGCGAGCGGUGGCGGCGGCGGCGGGGGCGGACAAGGCGGCCUUCCUCCGUCAGCAGGCGGACACAUGGGCUGAGGGGGCGGGGGGGGCGGGGCGGGUGGUGGUGCUGGAUACGGCGGCUCUGGCGGCGGAGGGGCGGGCGCUGCAUCGGGCGGUGAAGGAGGCGGCGCCGAAGGGUGUGGAUGUCGUGUUCGACCCGGUGGGCGGACCGCUGCUGUCGGAGUCGCUCAAGUGUGUGGCCUGGGGGGCGCAGUACCUGGUGAUCGGCUUUGCGAGUGGGGACAUACCCAAGGUCCCCGCCAACCUGCUGCUUGUCAAGAACACCACCCUGCACGGCGUCUUCUGGGGCUCCUACCUGGCGCAGCAACCCCGCGUCAUCGCCGACUCCAUGCGCCACCUCAUGGCGGCUUUCGGGGCGGGGCGGCUGCGGGUGGAGGUGUACGGCAGGUACCCGCUGGAUCGCGUGACGGAGGCGUUUGGCGCCAUUCUGGACCGGCGGGUUCGGGGCAAGGUGCUGCUGAGCAUCGGAGCUCCGCAGGGGGGGCAGCAGGGGGGGCAGUUGUUGUCCAAGCUAUGAAAGGUGAUGGGGUGGUAACACGGUACGACGGGAGAAGCAGGGGGGGCUUUUGUACUGUUGUUCGCUGUUGUUCGCUGACUUUGCAGGGAGUUUCGGAGUUGGGGGGUUAAGAACACUUGAAGAGCAGUUUAUUGCAGGCCGUGCCUGAGCGCAAGGGCAGUAGCAACAACAGUAGAGAAGCGAGGGGCAGGGGGGGGGGCACGGACAGAGCGUUGAUUUGGCCACAUGGGUGGGGACUUCGUGCACCUGAAGCAUUUGCAUGUGUUUCCAUCGAGUAUUCAACGCUUACCUUAUCAUGAUUGUAUGAGUACGGAGACAGUCUGCGACAUGACAUAUGCACGGGAGAGAAUUGCACAGCCGUUUCGCUGUCGUUGUUGCUGGUUAGUAGGAUGCGUUUGGCAAGGGAAGCGGCUGCCGUAGGAAUGGUAACGGCACAUGCCCACUUAGCUUUCCUUUCACGAUUCCGCAUGCAAGGGAUUCUCAGAGCUGGG